AUGAUCAUUUCGACUCUGCUUCUUCUUGCUACUCAAACCUUGGCCGAGGACUAUCGCCCACUAUUCCAUUUCGUCCCGGAAAAGAACUGGAUGAACGAGCCCAAUGGCCUCAUCAAGAUUGACUCAGUCUGGCAUCUUUUCUACCAGCAUAACCCAUCGGCCAAUGUCUGGGGCAAUUUGAACUGGGGUCACGCAACCAGUACCGACCUUCUCCACUGGUCCCACCAGCCUAUCGCGAUAACAAGCGAGGACGGUGUCCAAGCCUUCACAGGGACCAGCUACUACGAUUCUGAGAAUGCAUCAGGAUUGGGCACCUCUCAAAACCCGCCAUUUUUGGCCUGGUAUACGGGAUAUUACCCAUCGAAUGGAAGACAAGACCAACGCCUUGCUUAUAGCGUGGAUCUGGGAAUGAAUUGGGCAAAGUUCCCUGGUAACCCUAUUAUCUCGGCAGCGCAAGAGGCACCCCAUGAUAUAACUGGGGGACUGGAGACACGCGAUCCGAAGGUGUUGUUCCAUGAGGGAUCUGGGAAGUGGGUGAUGAUCCUUGCCCACGGUGGGCAGAAUAAAAUCACUUUUUGGGCCUCUACUGAUGCCAAGGAUUGGACGUGGGUGAGCGAUCUCGGAACAGCCCAGGUACCCGGUUUGCCUUCAGAUAUCACUGGUUGGGAGGUGCCGGAUAUGUUUCAGCUGCCUAUCGAAGGCACUGAUGAGACCACCUGGGUAUUGAUCCUGACUCCCGCAAAUGGGUCUCCAGCUGGUGGGAAUGGUGUCUUCGCCCUGACAGGUUCAUUUGACGGCGAGAUCUUUCAAGCGGACCCGGUGGAUACUUCCAAGCUCUGGCUUGACUAUGGGCGUGAUUUCGACGGCGCAAUGAGCUGGGAGAAUGUGCCGGGAUCGGAUGGGCGACGAAUCCUCGCGGCCAUAUCUAACAGCUACGGAGCCAAUCCACCCACCAAUACUUGGAAAGGAAUGCUCUCGUUCCCUCGGACUCUAGCACUGCAACAGACAAAUGAUGUACGAACCUUUAUACAGUGGCCUGUCAGCGAACUUUUGACCGUUGGCUCGCCUUUGAAAACCAUUCAAAACCAGACAAUUACACCGGGACAGGACCUUCUCUCGUCCGUUGUUGGGACCGCAUUGGAUAUCGAGCUUGUAUUCAUUCCACAAGCAGACACUGUUCUGUCAUUAGCAGUUCGAAAAGCUGGAUCACAACAGACAGUCAUCCAGUACAAGCAGUCCACCGCGAUACUGUCAGUUGAUCGAACGGCCAGUGGAGAUAUAUCGUACGACGCGGCAGCAGGCGGUGUUCAUAGUGCUCCUUUGCAGCCCGAUGCAUCGGGGGUGGUACGAAUUAGAGUACUGGUCGAUACCUGCUCUGUGGAAGUCUUUGGUGGAAAGGGGGAGGUCGUUAUUUCCGACCUUAUCUUUCCGGAUGAGACAGCAGAUGGGAUGGCUCUCCAAGUAAGUGGAGGGUCUGUCGUGCUAUCGAGUGUAGUAGUACGGCACGUUUCUCUGGACUAG